AUGACGACUCCAGCGACAACAGAACAAUGCCACCAAGACACCACGAAGAUGAUACUGAGAUUUGAUACCUGGAAAGAAAAUGAGAAGUUAGAUAUGCAACAAAAGAGAACACCAGAGACAACAGAAAGCAAAUUAAACAACGAAAUCCAUCUCAAAGGCAAUACGGAACAACAGAGAAAAAUACCUGAAAUCAGAAGUGAAAUCCAAGCGAAAUCAGAAACAAAAAAUCCACUACCCAUAAUGGCGACAUGGCGCAAAACAAACACCUAA